AUGGCCUUCCGCUGGAUCGUCAACGCAGGCCUCAUAGCCAUCCCCAUCGGCAGCACCCUCGGCGUCCUCUUCGGCAUCGACGCCUCACGACAAGCAUCCGGACAAUCUCCCUUGUUCAGCAGUGGUGGCAGUAGUGGCGGUACUGGCGGCAGCGGUGGAGGCAGCGGAGGUUCUGGAGGCGGUUCUUGGUCCGAUAGUACUGGUGGUUUUGACUUGGGAGAUCACUACAAUGAAACAGAAUUGGGGGUGACGCUUUCGCGGUAUUGCAAUUUGUCGCUUGGUGUUACGCCGCCGGCGAAGGGGGGUCUCAGCUACACUUACAAUCCUAACCAGUGGGGUGUUAUCAAUGCCGAUGGUCCUAAUGCUACGUCUAGCAUGUGCAUGAAUGUCACCACAUUCCUCAACGAAACAUAUCCCACAAAAACUUCCGCGCCUGAGUGGUUCGUCACCUGGAGCUAUCCCCCGGGCCCGGAGAACCAACCCGUGCACGCAUAUCCCAAUGUCGAAGUAUCCAAGGGUCUGCCCCUGACAUUAUCAGAUUUGAAGUCAUUGAACAUCGAUAUGUCUUGGACAUAUGCGCUGGGUAACCUGCCCAAGGACGUUUCCGACACUCCACAGUUUGACUCCAUUUCACUCAACACCAACGUUGCUAUCGAUAUGUUUUUCGACAGCCUCAAAGAGAAUGCCACAGACAGCACGAUUGCAGAGUACGAAAUUAUGGUGUGGUUUGCUCACUACGGAAAUGCGGCGCAGACAAUUGGUAAUGCUUCAGGUAUCGUGGAUACGAAGGUUAUUAACACAACCACCUUCAACCUCUACUACGGCAACCACACAGCCGGCCAGAAUGUACUCCAGCAUGUCUACACAUGGGUGGCUUCAGAGGCCACAGAGUUGUUUACCGGCGACAUCUCACCACUCAUCACCGCAUUGACCAGCAAGGCUGGCGCGCGAUACCCAUCUGAUAAGGAUUACAUGGGCAGAUUCGGUUUCGGGUCUGAGGCGUACUACGCUAAUCAGAAUGUGACAUUCUACGUCCCCAAGCUUGAGGUGGAUAUACAGACUUGA